AUCUGAUUGGCUCCCUUGCUCAGUUCCGCUGGGAGUCGCAUCCUACCUGGAUGGGAGGUGUACUGCUUUUCCCACAUACUUACCAGGCUGCAGCUGAGGUGGCCUCAAGAAAAAGUCCUGGCUUGGAGAAUUGAGCGAAAAAAGCGAUCCAGAUGGGUUCUUGGAAAGCUCUUCUUUUCUCCCCUUUUCUUCUGUGGAGUCAAAGAAGAGGGGUGAGGCUGAUGUUUCUUUUACUGACCCUGCAUCUGGGAAACUGUGUUGAUAAAGCAGAUGAUGAAGAUGAUGAGGAUUUAACAGUGAACAAAACUUGGGUCUUGGCACCAAAGAUUCAUGAAGGAGAUAUAACACAAAUUCUCAACUCACUGCUUCAAGGUUAUGACAAUAAACUUCGCCCAGAUAUAGGAGUGAGGCCCACAGUAAUUGAAACUGAUGUCUAUGUAAACAGCAUUGGACCAGUUGAUCCCAUAAAUAUGGAAUACACAAUAGAUAUAAUUUUUGCCCAAACCUGGUUUGAUAGUCGUUUAAAAUUCAAUAGUACCAUGAAAGUGCUUAUGCUUAACAGUAAUAUGGUUGGAAAAAUUUGGAUUCCUGACACCUUCUUCAGAAACUCAAGAAAAUCUGAUGCUCAUUGGAUAACCACUCCUAAUCGUCUUCUUCGAAUUUGGAAUGAUGGACGAGUCCUAUAUACGCUAAGAUUGACAAUUAAUGCAGAAUGUUACCUUCAGCUUCAUAACUUUCCUAUGGAUGAACAUUCAUGUCCACUGGAAUUUUCAAGCUAUGGAUACCCUAAAAAUGAAAUUGAGUAUAAGUGGAAAAAGCCUUCUGUAGAAGUGGCUGAUCCUAAAUAUUGGAGAUUAUACCAGUUUGCAUUUGUAGGGUUACGGAACACAACUGAAAUCUCUCACACAAUCUCUGGGGAUUAUAUUAUCAUGACAAUUUUUUUUGACCUGAGCAGACGAAUGGGAUAUUUCACUAUUCAGACCUACAUUCCAUGUAUCCUGACAGUUGUUCUUUCUUGGGUGUCCUUUUGGAUCAAUAAAGAUGCAGUACCUGCCAGAACAUCACUGGGUAUCACUACAGUUCUGACUAUGACAACUCUGAGUACAAUUGCCAGGAAGUCCUUACCUAAGGUUUCUUACGUGACUGCGAUGGAUCUCUUUGUUUCUGUUUGUUUCAUUUUUGUUUUUGCAGCUUUGAUGGAAUAUGGCACCUUGCAUUAUUUUACCAGCAACAAAAAAGCAAAGACCACUAGAGAAAGAAAGCCAAAAAACAAGGCCUCGAUGUCCUCUGGACUCCAUCCUGGAUCUACUCUGAUUCCAAUGAAUAGCCUCACUCUGCCACAGGGAGAAGAUGAUUAUGGGUACCAGUGUUUGGAGGGCAAAGACUGUGCCAGCUUCUUCUGUUGCUUUGAAGACUGCAGGACAGGAUCGUGGAGGGAAGGAAGGAUACACAUACGCAUUGCCAAAAUUGAUUCCUAUUCUCGCAUAUUUUUCCCAACAGCUUUUGCCCUGUUCAAUCUGGUUUAUUGGGUUGGCUAUCUUUACUUAUAAAUUCUGCUUACUAGGCAAAAAUCAUAAGAAGUCUGACUAAAUCCAGUAUAACCCAAUGUCCUUCAGUUACAUGAAACCAACAAUUAAAUUGUGAAUAGUUAACAGAAACCUACAGUUAAAAUGUGAAUAGUUACUUGAACUAUUCAUAGGUAAAUAAAGUAACAGCUUUCAGAUUAAUUUACUUAAAUUUAUAUAAAACAGAUUAGUUGCAAAAUUUAGUAUAUUAAAAUAAUAUUAUAUAUUUGUACUUUAAUUUUCUUUAUUUUUACAUAUGUCCUAUUAGGAUUUUGAAUUUAUAACUUCUGUGAUUCAUAUUUUAAAGAUGAAUUAAUUUUAAUAUAGGUUUUUUUAAAAUAUAAUCUAUCAUUUAAUCUAUCAUCUUAAUCCAAUGCCUAAUAUCUAUGUCAAUUUUUUGCCUUAGAAAUAUUAUUAAUUUGAUUUUUUCUUAUUUUUUAUUUGUAUGUUCUGUUUGGAAUAGAGCUAGUUAAAAACAUAAAACCAUGAUUUCCUUGGAUUGAUUUCUAUGUUUUACUCCCCAAAAGAAAUCAAUUUAUUUUUAAAUGUUUUAUUAAUUAAAGACAAAAAAGCCAGUUUUUACUUUAUCUUUAAUCCAGUUCAUUUCUUGAUGAAAGUUUAAAUAGAACUCUAGUUAUAUUUAGAUUUUGUGAUUUACAACUAGGUUGGAAACCAUCAAAGUCAUUUCUUUUAAAUACAAGGUGAAAAAAAAUAAUGAAGAAUGCUAUAUUUAACCAUUUUAUUCUCAGCUUCAUAGCAUUUAUGAAGAAUGAAGAGAUUUAACACUGAAAUGUUUAGAUAUACCAAUGCUGAAAUUAAAUGCAAAAAGAACUGACUUUUUCCUUAACCCCCUACAAAAGUGUUACAUUCCUUAAAUUAACAAAAAACAUCGAAGAAUAGGGCUUGUAUUUACUUACUGUGGCUUAUUGUAGAAUUAUCAUCUAGCAAAUUGAUUUGAAAUCCACAUUGAGAAUAUGGUCUUAAAUAAAUGCUAUUAAUAUUGUUCAGAACAGAAAUAUUCUGGCAACGCAGUUUUAAGCCUGUGUUAUCACCUUUCCCAGCUCCUAAAUUUGGAUCUGGUCACUUUUGCAUCUUUGUUAUCAAUUGUAAUCAUAUCUCUUUUCUUGAAAAUGGAAAAUCAUAUGAGUUUCACAAAUCAUAUUCAUUAUGAUAGCCUCUUUUUUUUAAGAAAACCUGAGCAGGCACAAAAAUCAUGUUAAAGCUGGCUUUUGUUACAGGCACCUCCAGUGAGCAAGUAUGGGAGCUCUCUCACGUCUUCAGAGACCGGAACAAAAAUAGUCUUAAUAUAGUUUAAAGCCUGUUGGUUAAUAGUUUCCAAAAUGUCUGUUUUGUUAACAGGAGAGCUAACGGUAGGAUUUGAUCAUUAGAUUUCUGUAACCAGUUUGGCCUAUCAACUAUAUAAAAACUCCCUAUACAUCCAUCAUCACCUAAUUAUCUGGAAAAUCACCUCAGUGAUCUUGGAUAUAGGCUUCAAAAAUUGUUUCCAUUGCCAAGAGCAACUAUCAGAAUGAAGAAGUUUAUGAUUAAGGUCUAUUAUGCCUGUGCUAUCACCUGUGCACUUGACACCCCAUGGUUAGUGAAUACAUGAGUAUGCCCUGGCAUGGUUAUACCUAGGUGUUUAGAAUAUAUAAGGUGUUUUAAAAUCUAAAUAUAUUCCACUGUGUACCCACCACCUACAUCUGAGUUUUUUCACUUUGCUUAUAAGCCUCGAAAAAGUGAGCAUGAAUUAAAUAUUGCCCAAAUAUCCACCGACACUGCUUUUUUUGAAUGGAGAGCCAAAUUAAACUUUGGCCAUGUAUAUAUUCACUUACAGAUUGCUCAAGCAUUCAUUUUUAUAACACUGAGUAUUGAUGGAUAUUCUUAAGGUAAACAUUCAUUUAAAGAUAAGCAAAAAAUGAAGUGCCGAUGAAUACAUUUCACUAAAAUGUAUCAUGGUUAUUUCCAUGUGUUAAGCUAUAGCCUGUUCAUUAUCAUGGGGGGCAGUUUUAAUUCUGGGAUUCUUUCAAGUCUAUCUGAGCAUGACCAUAUUUUAAAAUACUUUAAAAUGCUUAAUAUAAUUAGCUUUCCAUUUCUUGCUGGUAUUCCAUUAACUCAGCUUUAAAUGUUGACAGUAUUUACAAGUGAAAAUAAAACAUGAUAUGAUGAUAAAAUAUGACAGAUGCUUUUCUAUAUACAUCCAUUGUAUAUAUCAUCAAAACAAGUGCUUUGUUUUCAAAGCUAGCGGUAUUUUGAGCAGUUCUAUUUAAAUAUUCAGAUUGGAAAGGGAUGUACAAGUCUUACUAGUUCUAAAAAUCAGAAUGUAAAGGUUAAAAUGCAGUUAGAUUAUUUUGACGAGAAAUCAAGUAGAGCUUACUUUCAAAGGAAAUGCAUUCUAAUCUCCAUUUAACUCUUCUUUUGAGUAUUAGUUUUAUCAUCUUGAGAAACAUUUUUUUAAAAACGCUCUUCUUCCUCCAGGUGAGUUAUAUCUUAGUUUUAUUAGAUUCACUGGCACUUGUGAUUCUGGCUGCUUUAACUGUUUUUAACAGUAAUGUGGACCAAAAAAGUGGGUAUAGAUGAGGAGAAAGAUAAGUGGAAAAGAAUAAUUUAGAAUAAUUUGGAAAAUGGUUAAUUUACAUAGAGCCAUACUCUAAAUAUGUGACCAGGAUCCUGAAACACUGAGAAGGGGAAUUGUGACUAAUAUGAUUUAAUUCUCUUGGAUUUAUAAUUGCAUGAUAAUAUUUUAUUUAUUCUUGAAUUGCAUUGAUAAAUUUAGACUCAAUUGAAAUCAAUUCCUAAAUGCCAUGUAGUUUCUGAGAAGAAAAAAGAACUUGCUUGAGAAUUCAGUAAGGAAAAGGCAAAAUUUAAGAGUAAUCUAAUGAAAUAUAAAGUGUUAAUAUAAGUAGAAAUUAGACAAUUCAUUGGAUAAAUUUUAUUUUAAAAGUAUAGAUUCCAUUAAGGAGUUUUAAAAACUAACUUUAUCUGAUUAACUGAUUUAACUUAAAAUGCAUUAAAUGUAAGUAAAUACACACAAAAUCCCCAGUUUUUUUUCUCCUUUAGUGUGUUCCCAUAUUCUGACAUCAAUACUUAAUCAUAAAAUAUACUAUAUUUCAGCUUACUAUAUUUUAGCUUAAGAACAAGACCUACAUUGAGGGAUGCAUUCUUGCCAAUGAUUCAGCAUCAAAAAGAAUGAUUGACAGUCUCACAACAAGGGCUCAUAAUUGUAAGAUGUGAAGUUAUGUUCUAGGUCAAGGUAUUGUGAAGAAAUGCAUCUUGUAGUUUUAUUAUGUAAGAGAUUUAGAUUGGAUGAUUUGUUUGAAUAAAAUUUAAAUUAAUAAUAAUGGAAUAAACACAUAAAAAAUGAAUAAAUACACGUACAAAAAUUGUCAAAGUUUGGAAGUUCCCAUUGUGACUCAGCAGUAACGAACCUUACUGAUAUCCAUGAGAAUGUGAGUUUGAUCCCUGGCCUCACUCAGUGGGUUGGGGAUCUGGCGUUGCCAUGAGCUGUGGUGUAGGUCAUACAUGCAGCUCGGAUUCUGGGUUGCUGUGGCUGUGGUUAGGCUGAAAGCUACAGCUCCAAUUUGACCCCUAGCCUGGGAUCUUCCAUAUACUGCGAGUGGGGCCCUAAAAAAAAAUUGUCAAAGUUUUAUAGCAGUGCCUAUUUUCACCCUUGUAAAAUUUCCUAGCAAGACACCCCAUUUGCAGUUAUUUCAUUGAUCUUAGCUCUGGAGUUGAAGUGAUUGUGUAGACAUUUAAUGAUUUAGCACUUGUCCCAACAAAAAUAUUUUGAAAAUAAUUUCUGACUAGGCUCUUUUUCUUUGUAUCAUCAAAUUUAUUUAACUCCUCAAUGUCACACCAAAUGAAGUCCAGGCAUGCUUGUUAUACAUUUCUGUUGGUCAUCAUUGCUUUUUUAUGGCUAGGGAGCCCUUGACAGAGCACUGUAAAGUCACAGAAACCAUUACCAAGACUGUGAAAACAUUCCAAAUGGAGUUUUCAGACACUAUUGAUCACAUUGCUCUAGCCAAUAUAAGGUCAGUUCUGUCUUUUCCACAUUUGCAUUUUGGAAAUGGCAUAACCUAAUACAAAUAUUUAUCCAGCACUUUCUAUGUAUAAAGUAUUGAUUUAGAUAAAAUAAGGAAGAUAGAAAUGAACUCUCUAGGAGGAGAUUAUAAUAUAAUUAGAAGAUUAGUUAUGCAAUUGAAGGGAGGGAGGACAAUGCUGGGAAGGUUUCUUAGAGAAUAUGUGUUUAGAGAUGGGAGUUUGAUAAUUCAAUAUGUCAAUAGGUGAGGUUAACAGAGAAUACAUUUUCCAGUUGAGUAAACAGCUUGAAUAAAGAAAUAGAAGCACGAGCGCAAAUAAAAUUUCUAUUUUAAUUAAAGGUGAAGAUUCAUAUAGGGACAAGCAAAGAUAGGGCUAGAAAGAUAGGUCAAUCCCUAUGGAAGAGAGGCAAGAAUACAAACUUCAAGAGGCUGAGUGAUAUAAAUUCAUGAAGAGUUCUUGAAGAUAAGUGACUACAGACUACAGAAGCAUUAUUAUGAAUCCUGCAGGAGUUUCAUCUUAUUAGUGUGUGAUAUUUGGAGUAAGAAAAGCCAGUUAGGAAGCUAACUUAAUACAUAAGGUGAGAGAGAAUGACAGUCAGUAUUCUGGUGAUUGAAGUUCAAUGGAGAAGGGGGAAAGAUACAUCCUGAAUAAGAAAGGAAAUGAGGCAGUCUUGAAGCUGUGAUUAAUAGACAAAAGUAACUGAAUGACAUGCUGUGUGUGAAAAAGAGGGAGUCCUGGAUUGCACAGUAGGUAUUUGUGCAUAAACAGACAUUAAACAGAUGUCAUACUCGUUUGCUGUUACUUUUAACAUCUUACUCAAAUGCUUAUUUUUCAAUGGAGAAGGGGGAAAGAUACAUCCUGAAUAAGAAAGGAAAUGAGGCAGUCUUGAAGCUGUGAUUAAUAGACAAAAGUAACUGAAUGACAUGCUGUGUGUGAAAAAGAGGGAGUCCUGGAUUGCACAGUAGGUAUUUGUGCAUAAACAGACAUUAAACAGAUGUCAUACUCGUUUGCUGUUACUUUUAACAUCUUACUCAAAUGCUUAUUUUUCCUAUUGACCUGUUUUUUCCCACACUAGGGAUGUUGAAAAAGAAUAAUAUCUGAAAUAUAAUCUGUCCAGAUCAUUAUUAUUUUGUAAAAAUCUGUUCCUCACUAAAAGGGCUUUCUCUCCAAAUAACUUUUCUUUCUAAGACAAAAUAAUAAUAAUAAUGUAUUUGGAUAAAGAGAGAAAAGGAGGAGAACUGUGAAUAGAAAAAGAACUGCUGUGUAACCAGACAAAUCCAGGAAGUUGAUUCCCGACUCUCAAUUUCUGAAGAUUUGUCUCGAAAUAAUUUAUUUUUGGGUCAUGAAGUGUUCCUGGAACCUUUAAGUCUGUGAAUAGUUAAGAUAAGCCUGUGAUGACUGUAAUGCAGUUAAACUGAAAACAGCUAAUUAAAGGACUUUCAAGAUAUAGUUGACUUAAAUGGAAAUAGUUUAUAUCUCGAUAAACCACUGUAAUAACUGUUAUUUGUGUCCAUUAAGUGUAUGGAGUCACUUUGAAUAAUAAAGUUUUAUGGCUUGUGAUUGCAUUGGUUUCUGUUGCCAGCUUCUGCCUCAUCAUUUUGAGGAGCAUUUUGUGAGUAUGUGGCAAAGGUAUCUCAAGGUAUUCUGUCCCUUGAUUCUAAGUGCAAAAUAAAUGCAGUAAUUUGUUAUGAAAUAAAGAGUUACAUUCUCUUGAAA